CUUCAUUACUUGCUCAGAAAGGUUCAGUUCAUUGGGUGCUGGUGGAAAUGCCUGAGCGGAGAAGGCACCAGAUUCUCGGUUCACAAAGCUCAUCUGAGAGGGAGAAGCUGGGCUACGAUGCCCUGGUGGCCCGCGCCAGGGCCGAGACAGGGGUCGCCAUGGCGGGGGCGCCCUCCUCUCCUGCCUCUAAGUCCAGGCCUGCAGCUCAGAGUGCGUUGGAGGCCUCGCUGAGACGCCUGGCUGAGGUUGGUGUGACCUUUGCAGACAUUGCCCUGUACUUCUCCAGGGAAGAAUGGCGUCUCCUUGAUGAAGCUCAGAGAUGUCUGUACCUAGAUGUGAUGCUGGAGAACUUUGAACUUAUAUCUUCACUGGGUUGCUGCUGUGGAGCAAAGGAUGUGGAAGAAGUGACUCAACAAAAUGUUUCUGUAAGAAUGGUAAAGUCAGAGAAUCCCAAGGUGGCUUUGUCUUCCCAGAAGAGUCACCCAUGUGAGAGUUGUGAGCUAGUGCUAAGAUACAUUUUCCACUUGACCAAGGAGCAGGAAAUGCAACAGAGCCAGCAACCAUUACAGUGUGGGGCAUGUGCAAAACGAUUUUACAUCAGUACAAAGUGUCACCAGUACCAAGAGCACCAUGUGAAAAAGAAGCCUUUCAGAAGAGGUGGGGACAGGAUCCUACUUGCAGAGGGCUGCAAUGGCAGUGUGUCCAAGAAGCUUUUUACCUGUGGGGAGGUUGGACAGGACAUCGUUACAGAGUCAGAACAUUUCCAACAAGAGGCUGCUCACACCACAGACAGGCCAAAUAAAAUCUCACCAUCUGGAGACACUAAUCAAAGCAGAGAAAAUCAUUUCACCCUGAGUGAAUGUAAAAAACCCAUUGGCUGCAACCAUGCCUAUGUUCAAAAGAAGAGUGUCCAUACUGGAAGACAGUGUUUUGUGUGCCAUGAUGGUGGGAAAAAUGUUUCCAGAAUUUCUAGCUUUCAUUAUCGUCAGAGAGUUCCCAGUAGAGAAAAGCCCCAUCAGUGCAGUGAAUGUGGGAAAUCUUUUACAAAACUGUCUCAACUUCAUCGUCAUCAGACAGUUCACACUGCAGAAAGGCCCUAUCAGUGCAGUGUAUGUGGGAAGUCUUUUAAAAGAAGAAAUAGCCUGUAUUUACAUGGGAAAAUUCACACUGGAGAUAAGUCUUAUGUGUGCAAUCAAUGUGGGAAAUCUUUUAACAGAAAUGAUAUCCUUCUUUCUCAUCAGAGACUUCACACUGGAGAGAGGCCUUAUGAGUGCAGUGAAUGUGGCAAAUCUUUUUUCCGAAAGACUUCACUUCAUUGUCAUCAGAGGGUUCACACUGGAGAAAGGCCUUAUGAAUGCAGUGAGUGUGGGAAAUCUUAUCAGAGUAAAAGUGGCCUUUGCUCUCAUAAGAGUCUUCACACUGGAGAAAGACCUCAUGAGUGCAGUGAAUGUGGGAAAUCAUUCUUCCAAAAGAGUGCACUUCGUUCUCAUCAGAGAGUUCAUACUGGAGGCAGAAGUUAUGAAUGUAGUGAAUGUGGGAAGUCUUUUCAGAGUAAAAUUGGCCUUUGCUCUCAUAAAAGUCUGCACAGUGGAGAAAGGCCAUAUGAGUGCAGCGGAUGUGGGAAAUCUUUCUUUCAAAAGAGUGCACUUCGUCGUCAUGAGAGAGUUCAUACUGGAGAAAGGCCUUAUGAAUGCAGUGAAUGUGGGAAAUCUUUCUCCCAAAAGGGCGUACUUCGUUUUCAUCAGAGACUUCACACUGGAGAAAGGCUGUAUGAAUGCAGUGACUGUGGGAAAUCUUUCCUCCGAAAGAAUGAACUUCGUUGUCAUCAGAAUAUUCACACAGGAGAAAAGCCUUAUGUGUGCAGUGAAUGUGGCAAAUCUUAUCACAGUAAAACUGGCCUUCGUUGUCAUCAGAGUUUUCACACAGGAGAAAGGCCUUAUGUGUGCAGUGAAUGUGGCAAAUCUUACCACAGUAAAACUGGCCUUCGUUCUCAUCAGAGUUUUCACACAGGAGAAAGGCCUUUUGAGUGCAGCGAAUGUGGGAAAUCUUACCGCAGUCACUCUGGCCUGCGUUACCAUCAGAAUUUUCACACAGGAGAAAAGCCUUAUGUGUGCAGUGAUUGUGGGAAAUCUUAUCGCAGUAAAAUUAGCCUGCUCUAUCAUGAGAGAUUUCACAGAGGAGAAAGGCCUUAUGAGUGCAGUGAAUGUGGGAAAUCUUAUCGCAGUAAAAUUAGCCUGCGCUAUCAUGAGAGAUUUCACACAGGAGAAAGGCCUUGUUAGUACAGUGAAUGUGCAGAAGGUCUCAGAUGUUGGGACAUGUACAGGAUUUUACUUUCAUGGUAACAAUAACAGGGAAUUCUGUGAAGCCUUGUCUGAAUGAAAUCUCAUACAGCCAAGCACCAACAGUAAGGAGGUUCCCAUGAUAACCUCUCAUUUGUGAAGCCUGUGUGUCCAUGUUGCACUUUCUUGAUUUACCCAGGUAGUUUGCCAGAUCCUCAUCACUGCAUAUUUCUGUUGAAGCUAUUUCCCGUGUACCAGCUAUAAGGUUCCAAGAGAUUCCAUGAGUCAUCAUCCCUGAUGUGCUCAGAAAAAGUAACUUCCCUGUGAUUUGUUGCAGAAAAUUAGGAGUAGCCUAGCUUUUUAGGUCUUUCUUUGCUCUCUCACUACUUGGUGCAUUGACAUGACUCAAUUUUGGCCCAGAAAACAUCGUCUGAAUUUACAUGUCAGCUUGUAAGAGGACUGCAUUUUUGCAGGACAUUCUUUUUUACAUAACCAGGGAUUAUUUUUGAGUGUCCAAAUCACCAGUGCAGGAACUGCCUAGAUGAUCUUCCUUGGUAAAAUAAUGGAAGACUUUCCCCCAAGUCUUCUUUAAUUUUGGGUGCUCUAUUUUGUGGGGUAAUUUAUAAGCAGUUUUGGGCCCCACAAGCAUCAAGAUGUGAACAGUUUUAUGUGUGUCUCAACUUUCUCUGCCUCUGUGGGGACAGUUUAGUGCAGAAAUGAACUUAGUGAUUUUUGCCAGACUUGCUUUCCUGCUCAUGUGUUCCCAGGCAAGACUGUGGGCUUUGUAGUUCUUAUGAGAAGCUUCAAUGGUGUGAGUUUCAGAAGACAUGGACAUCACUACAAAGAAGGGGUAGGUAUGCCAACCUCGAUAUGUCUGGGAACAGCAUGAAUUUUUUUCUUGUAAAGGAUGGCAAUAUUUUUGCAGGGAUCUCUGGCCCAGACCUUGCAAAGGGCCAUGUGCUCUAAUGUCUGCAGUUUCAUGGGGGAUGGGCAAGUGGUAACACCAUAGAGGUGAGGGAAACUGAUUGCAAGAGAAACACUGUUAUGACAGGUGCUGGAGGAGACUAAGGCAACUAGACAGAAUGUGCAUUUUCUCAGCAUGCAUCCAGAAACGUUUCUGA